AUGUGGGUUGCCAUUCUUUCAGAGCCGAUCCAGCACCGGAGCCGGUCUGUAAUGGUGGGAGAUGACAUGCUGCUCCAGUGUGAACUCAGCUCCAACCUGGCAACCCCAGUGUGGACUCUGGACGGGUCAGACCUGCAGGGCUACGGCCUGGACUCUGGCUUCAGGGUGGGCACCGAUGGCCUCCUGGUCAUCGAGUCCCGACCAGAGCAGAGCGGGGAGUAUACCUGCCACGCCCUGGAGAACAGCGUCCGGGUCGCAGUGGUUACGUACUCUGUGACGGUUCGUCUAGACAUGCCACACCCCCCUCCCCCACACGUCGACCCAUCCCAAGACUUCUCCUACUACACCACCUGGGACUCGGACACUUCCACCCCUCCCCCCCCUCCUCCACCCAGCGCACCCCCCUCCUCUGAGAGGCCCCUGCUACACCCUCCCCCAGCCCCUCUUCCCCCCACCUCAGAGCUGCCACCCCCUCCCCCGGACCCUCUCCCCCCCACCUCGGAGCUGCUCUCCCCCAGGAGCAUGGAGGCUAUGUACCUGUCCCUGAUCACCAUCCUGGGAGGUCUGUGUCUGGUUCUCACUGUUGUCCUCCUCUACGUGGGCUUCUGUCUGCAGGGCAACCACAGGGGGAAGUACUCUCUCCGUGCUGCCGCCGCCACCGCUGCCUCUGCCAAUCACAUGGACAGGAAGAGGAAACACAGGAAGCAGCAGCAGAAACGCCACAGUAGCUCCGCCCACCUGGAUCUCAAGACCAUCUCCAGCCACUGUAAUGGGAACGGGAUCUGUAAUGGUAACGGCAUCUCCAAACAACCGGGGGACGGUGACACGCACGAAGGGGGCUUCCUCCAGAUCGUCCCGAGAGAGGGCCAGUCGUCCCCCAACAAGGACCCCCCUCCUCCUGCCCCUCCUCUCCCCCCGCCCCCUCAGACCCCCUUCAACCAAUCAGAGUGUGACUUGCAAGACUUCUCCAGCCCCAACGGCCUAUCGGCUACGUUACCCAGCGUCUUGCGGAGGAUGCACGGUAACAGCUACAUGUUGUUAAGACAGAGUGACGCGGAGAGCAGCUCUCCUCUCUGCUACUCCUUCACUGAGGAACUCAACAGGAUCCUGGAGAAGAGGAAGCACAUGCAGCUGCUGCCAAAACCAGACGAGAGCUCUCUGUAG